GUAUAAAACAAGGCGCGGAGUUCUACAGCUUGGCAUCCCCCAAAGCCGGCAGGGAGGCAUAGACGAAGCUGACUGAUCGUGGACGCUCGCAUUUUUCUGUCCGCUUGAUUCCCACAGGCCUCUGACCGGCUUCCCCCAAGGGCAAAGACGGUGAGAGAUGAUUUUGGAAAUGCUGAACCCAGCGCAUUACAAUAUCACCAGCAUGGUGACUGAGGUGGUGUCUGCAGCCACCAUGCCAAUCCUGCUGCUCACUGGCCUCCUGCUCCUGAUGUGGAAUUUUGAGGGCACAUCCUCCAUCCCAGGUCCUGGCUACUGUAUGGGAAUUGGACCCCUCAUUUCCCAUGGCAGAUUCCUGUGGAUGGGGAUUGGCAGUGCCUGCAACUACUACAACAGGAUGUAUGGAGAAUUCAUGAGAGUCUGGAUCUGUGGGGAGGAGACGCUCAUCAUUAGCAAGUCCUCCAGUAUGCUCCACGUCAUGAAGCACAGUCACUACAUCUCCCGAUUUGGUAGCAAACUGGGGCUGCAGUGCGUGGGCAUGCAUGAAAACGGCAUCAUAUUUAACAAUAACCCAGCACUCUGGAAAGUGAUUCGGCCUUUCUUCAUGAAAGCUCUGUCUGGUCCUGGCCUUGUGCGGAUGGUGGCGAUUUGUGUUGAAUCCAUCAAAGCCCACCUGGACCGGCUGGAGGAGGUCACCAACGCCUCCGGCUACGUGGACGUGCUGACCCUCAUGCGGCGCAUCAUGCUGGACACCUCCAAUAUGCUCUUCUUGGGGAUCCCCCUGGACGAAAGUGCAAUCGUGACUAAAAUCCAAGGUUAUUUUAAUGCAUGGCAAGCUCUUCUUCUCAAACCAGACAUCUUCUUUAAGAUUUCUUGGCUGUACAAAAAAUAUGAAAAGUCUGUAAAGGAGUUGAAAGAUGCCUUAGAAAUUCUAAUUGAAGAAAAGAGACAUCAGAUUUCUAAGGCAGAGAAACUGGAAGACAGUAUGGAUUUUGCCACUCAGCUUAUUUUUGCGGAGAAACGUGGUGACCUGACAAAAGAGAAUGUGAACCAGUGCAUACUGGAAAUGCUGAUCGCGGCGCCGGACACCAUGUCUGUCUCGGUCUUCUUCAUGCUGUUUCUCAUUGCCAAGCACCCGAAGGUUGAAGAGGCAUUGAUGAAGGACAUUCAGACUGUUCUCGGAGAAAGAGACAUCAGCAUCGACGAUGUGCCGAAAUUGAAAGUGGUGGAGAACUUCAUUUAUGAGAGCAUGCGGUACCAGCCCGUCGUGGACUUGGUCAUGCGCAAAGCUCUGCAAGAUGACGUCAUUGAUGGCUACCCAGUGAAAAAGGGGACGAAUAUUAUCCUGAAUCUGGGAAGAAUGCAUAGGCUGGAGUUCUUCCCCAAGCCCAAUGAAUUUACUCUUGAAAAUUUUGAGAAAAACGUUCCGUACAGGUACUUCCAACCGUUUGGUUUUGGGCCCCGCGCCUGCGCUGGAAAAUUCAUCGCCAUGGUGAUGAUGAAAAGCAUCCUGGUUACACUGCUGAAGCGAUUCCACGUGAAGUCGCUGCAGGAAAAGUGUGUGGAAAACAUGCAGAAGAAAAACGACUUGUCCCUGCACCCAGACGAAGCUGAUGGCUUGCUGGAAAUGGUUUUUACCCCAAGAAGUUCCGACAAGUGCCUGGAAAACUAAUGAAGGCUGGCCAGUACUGGCUCGGAAGCAUUACUCAUCAGCAGUCGUUCACAUGGAAACCAUCCAUCCUUGCCCAGGGGGUGCCAUCCUCACGGCAACCAUUCGCUGGCCCAUAGCAUUUGAUAGGCACGCUUUCUAUGUGCCUGGAGCUAUCGGUCACCUGACCUUGCCUAAGCCAGAGAACCAGGCUAUGAGAGAAAAGACAGAGGCCAGGAGUUUGCGGGAGAAAUGGGGAAACGGCCGCCCUUGUGACCCAAUUCCACAAAAUGUGUUUGGAAAAGAAUAGACUAGCCGGCAAAGCAUAUGCCCAGUUUCCUGCGGGAUCCACACUGCCCUUUGCAAGGGCAUUUUAAUGCAGGACAGAAGCACUCGAGUCCGUUAAAUGGGCCAGACAAACACCUGCCAGUGUGAAUAAGCGCUGGGGCCAAAUAAUAGCUGUCAGAGUGAAGAAAAGCUCUUUGAUUUGGCUUCUGGAGGGUGGGACUGCAUUAUAUUCAUAGUCCUUGAAGAAACACUUGCAAAAACAGCCUUUGACUUUUCUCUAUGGCCUCUUGUUUAUCCACAUGUGACUUGUGUGUGAUAACAUUUAAAUCUGAUACCCUCUCCCAAUCUUUCAACUCAUGCCUCAGGCACUUACCUCUGCUACCAUAGGUAUAGAUUCAGGCAAUAUGAACUAACAUCCUGCGUAGCAUCUGAACAAGUAGCCUCAUAUAUGAGGGUAAGUCAAAAAGUAUUGUUACCCAGCCAUUGAAACCUUUAUUAAAUAAAAAUAUCAAAACUA